AUGCGGUCUCUCUUAUUGAGCGGUAAUAGGAGGACGCUCUUGGGUGCUAUCCAACGCCACAGGCGCCUUCUAACGACACUUGCAAUUGAAACAUCAUGUGACGACACUGGCGUCGCUAUCCUUCGUCACACCUCACAAUCAACAGAACUUCUCUUCAACGAACGCAUAUCCUCUGACAAUCGCCUUUUCAAAGGAAUACAUCCUAUUGUAGCAGCAAAAGGCCACAGCGUAGCUUUAGCACCGCUUGUUCGUCGUGCGCUGGAUGCUUUACCAACUGCAGAAGAUGGAGACAAUAAGAGAAUCUGCUACGCUAGUGGCGUGAGAAAACAGAUUCCGGAUUUUGUGUCUGUGACUCGCGGACCAGGAAUGCGUUCGAAUCUAGGAAUCGGUCUGGAUAUGGCAAAGGGUCUGGCUGUUGCUUGGGGCGUACCGUUAGUGGGUGUUCAUCACAUGCAGGCUCAUGCUCUGACACCACGAUUGGCGAGAGCAUUGGGCAUGAGUAUGGGUGAAGCAGAAGAGUCUAGAGAAGGACCAGAGUUUCCCUUCCUUUCUCUUCUUGUUUCCGGGGGACAUACUCAGCUUGUUCACUCGACAGGCCUGACAGAGCACUCCAUAGUCGCUACGAGUGGCGAUAUUGCCAUUGGAAACCUCCUUGACCAGACAGCUCGUGAUAUCUUGCCACCUGAGAUAUUCGAUGCGAGCGAGCACGUUAUGUAUGGUCGUCUUCUAGAAGCCUUCGCCUUUCCUCCAGGCUCUGAUACAUCUGCCGUUUACGAAGUUGUCUUCACACCACCAGCUUCCCGUUCCGCAGAAAUGACUCCCCCAUCCACAGGUUACGACUGGAAUAUCCCCACGCCAUUCCGACAAACUCGCAAGCUCGCCUUCUCUUUCAGCAGUAUCUAUACCCACGUCCAUGACCUGGCAACAUCCCGCCCUUCCAUGUCCAUCCCUGAACGCCGUGCUCUAGCACAGCACACUAUGAUGGCAGCGUUCGUGCACCUCGCAGGUCGAUUAUGCAUCGCUCUUGACGACAAGCCUGAGCUACGAGCUGCCAAGACUCUCGUCGUGGCGGGUGGUGUUGCAAGCAAUAAGUUUCUUAUGCACGUCCUACGAUCCAUGCUGGCUGUUAGGGGCUACGAGGAGAUGGAGAUUGUUGCGCCACCCGUGGAGUUGUGUACUGACAAUGCGGCCAUGAUAGCUUGGACGGGUAUGGAGAUGUUCCAGGCUGGGUAUGAGUCUGAGUUGAGCAUCACGGGAAUUGGAAAGUGGCCUAUGGAUCCUGAGAUGGGGGAGGGGAUAUUGGGUGUUGAUGGUUGGAUAACGAGAGACUGA